CUUGGGCGGACGGCGCAGCGAGCAGCCGGCAAGCCGCACCGCUACCGGCCCGGCACGGUGGCCCUGCGCGAGAUCCGCCGCUACCAGAAGUCCACCGAGCUGCUGAUCCGCAAGCUGCCGUUCCAGCGGCUGGUGCGCGAGAUCGCGCAGGACUUCAAGACCGACCUGCGCUUCCAGAGUUCGGCCGUGAUGGCGCUGCAGGAGGCGUGCGAGGCCUACCUGGUGGGGCUCUUCCAGGACACCAACCUGUGCGCCAUCCGCGCCAAGCGCGUCACCGUCAUGCCCAAAGGACAUGCAGUUCGCCUACAGGCGAACGGAGAGCUUCAGGGCCCGAUUGUCGUGCGCCAUCCCAAAGCUGGCCGCCACGUCCAGUCUUCCUAACAGUACCUAAGUUUUGAGGCACUGCCCUCGCCAGACCACCUCCGUGUUGGCAAAUGAAUGAAAUACUGCGAUUACGCUGGUAGGUAGGACACCGUUCUGGAGCCCGAGAAAUGUUUCUCCCGUUUGGGAGGAGCCUAAAAUCGUCAGUGCCCUUGGUUGCUUCCGGGUAGUUAUUUCUGUCCCACUUUAAGUUAGUUCCCACAACUAUUGCCAUUGAAAUGUAAAGUGUAGUUAAUCGCACUGGCUGUUCCGCCUUACAGGCUUCAAGGUCUACGUAGAGUAAGGAAAAUCCUAUCAAUAGAGGAUUGUAUGGUUUGACCAAGGAAUGCUUCUGAAUGGAGAGGUGGAGUGUGCUGUGGCUCCCGACGACCCAGGUCUCUCCGCCCAGCCGACCGGUUAGGUGUGGAAGGAGGUUGAUUGACGUGACUUACUUUUGUUGCUGUUGUCACCAAAUAAGGAAAACUCCCUCAAUGGUUUUGAUUGCCCAGGGCACAAUCUUGCCUCCUACUUUCUGUGCACUGGACCCCUGUCACGGAUGUCAUCUCAAAAACGGGGAGAAAAACGUUCUUCGCUUUUUUUCUUGAAUGUCACGGACGACGUUGGCCGCCUGAUGACACUUACGGAAAUUCUGCUUAGGAUAAUAUUUCAAGGGUAUAAAAUGCAAACAUUGCAAAAAAAAUGUUUAUUCCACUUCUUAUCCAAAUUUUAAAAAGUAAUAAAUUUGGUAGGAGGGGGGCCAUAGGAGCAUGCUAAUUCCAUGUUUGUCCUGCCAUAUGGAUGGGUCACUCAGAUCAACUUUAUCGCCGCCAAUGACCCUAUUCUGGGAAAGACCCCCAAUUCAGGUUGCUCUAUGUAGUUAGUACCAAGAGUUUCUCUGAGCCCGUGGGGUCUUCACUGCCUUCAGCUCAGAAUAAUCUUCAUGCCCAGUGGCGCAUCUUGGAGCGGUCUGCCCUUGGCCCCCAUGAGCCGAAGACAAAAGGUGAGGGGAAGUCAGUUAUGGGAAGGUCACCAGGAGAACAAGAAUGAAGUCCGUCAGGCAGAUUUAAGUUGCUGCCUUCUCCGUUGAUAAGGGUCGAAUGCUGUCUACUGGUGUGGCCGGGUGAACUGGGGAGACCCUGAGCCCUAAGACCUCCACCAAGCCCAGAACAAAGAUGUCACCGAAGACUCUUGGUCGCCUCCCGAGAAAGAACUCAAGGGCAGACACAACACAGUAGAUGAGAGGUACACUCGAGAUGUGAGAGCCGGUGAGCUCAAGGGAGAGAGAGAGCACGUGUGAACCAGGGUUGAGGUUUCUAUCAGUUAUUGACAGUUGUUAACUAGGAGGAGGAAUAUUGAUUACCUGGGGGCGGGGAUUUCUUGGAAGCAGGGUUUUGGGCCUUUUCCUCCUCACUUGCUGGGGGGGCUUCCUGUCCUGGCGCCGCCAUCUUGGGCCCCUCCAGUGUGCUGGGGCUUUCAGGGGAGUGUGGCCAGACAGGCCUCUGACCCACCCUGCAGCUGGGCACGGCCUCCUCCGCCCUGGCCUCCAGGCAUCCUCUUAGAGCCUACCCAACUGCCUGCUGUGACACUGGAAUUAACCUUUCCCCUUCCUGGUGGAAAGGGAAGGAGAGACAGCUUGAUAAAUCUACUUCCUGUUUUUAGAGGUAGGGGGGAAAGACCAAGAGCUGUUCUGGUCUCUGCUUCACCUCAACUGCCUUCAGCUGAAAAUCAACCUUAUGCCAGAGUGGAAUAUUCUGGGGUGGCCUAUUCUGCCACCUUUCAAUACCUAAUGCUAAUAUUUUGUCGGUACUUGUUAGUACAGAAUUAGGUCAGUGUUCAUAAAAAACCUGAGGAGCGCCUGGGUGGCUCAGCUGGUUAAGCAUCUGACUCUGGCUCAGGUCAUGAUCAUGAUCUCACAGUUUGUGAGUUUGAGUCCCACGUCAGACCCUGCGCUGUCAGCUCAGAGCUUGGA